AUGGUAGAAGGGAUUUUGGGGUCGUUGAAUGGUGGGGAGGGGAGUUUGAGGGAGAUGGGGUUUAGAUGUAGGUUGAGUGGGAGGGAGAUUCAGGUGGGGAUGGAGAGGGCGGAGGAGAUGUUUGGGGGUGGGAUUGUGACUCCUGAGGCUUGA